AUGUUAACUGCAAAAUGUAUAAUACAAAUACUUGGUGAAUCCGUUGCACAGAACUGUAUACCAACCUCCAAUGGUGAGGAAGAACUGGAGGUGGCCUCCAAUGGUGAGGAGGAACUGGAGGUAGCCUCCAAUGGUGAGGAGGAACAGGAGGUGGCCUCCAAUGGUGAGGAGGAACAGGAGGUAGCCUCCAAUGGUGAGGAGGAACUGGAGGUGGCCUCCAAUGGUGAGGAGGAACUGGAGGUGGCCUCCAAUGGUGAGGAGGAACUGGAGGUGGCCUCCAAUGGUGAGGAGGAACUGGAGGUAGCCUCCAAUGGUGAGGAGGAACUGGAGGUGGCCUCCAAUGGUGAGGAGGAACUGGAGGUAGCCUCCAAUGGUGAGGAGGAACUGGAGGUGGCCUCCAAUGGUGAGGAGGAACUGGAGGUAGCCUCCAAUGGUGAGGAGGAACUGGAGGUAGCCUCCAAUGGUGAGGAGGAACUGGAAGUGGCCUCCAAUGGUGAGGAGGAACUGGAGGUAGCCUCCAAUGGUGAGGAGGAACUGGAGGUGGCCUCCAAUGGUGAGGAGGAACUGGAGGUAGCCUCCAAUGGUGAGGAGGAACUGGAGGUAGCCUCCAAUGGUGAGGAGGAACUGGAGGUAGCCUCCAAUGAUGAGGAGGAACUGGAGGUAGCCUCCAAUUGUGAGGAGGAACUGGAGGUAGCCUCCAAUGGUGAGGAGGAACUGGAGGUAGCCUCCAAUGGUGAGGAGGAACUGGAGGUGGCCUCCAAUGGCGAGGAGGAACUGGAGGUGGCCUCCAAUGGUGAGGAGGAACUGGAGGUAGCCUCCAAUGGUGAGGAGGAACUGGAGGUAGCCUCCAAUGGUGAGGAGCAACUGAAGGUGGCCUCCAAUGGUGAGGAGGAACUGGAGGUAGCCUCCAAUGGUGAGGAGGAACUGGAGGUGGCCUCCAAUGGGUGCAUGCCGCCGACUGCCUGCCCUCUGCACGCCGCCGUGGGCAGCGCAGGCGGCGCCACGGGGAAAAAAUAA